CGAAUGACGUUCGACCCCUUCGCUGUGUUGGGUGUUAGUCCAGACGCUACUGACCAAGAAAUAAAAAAGGCUUAUCACAAAUUGGCCAUCAAAUUCCAUCCCGAUCAUAAUAAGGCGGCCAAUGCUACUGAAAAAACUAAAGAGAUCAACAAAGCCUAUGAGACCAUAAAAGACCAGGAAUCGAGGAAUAAAUACAAAUUAGAAAAGGGCACCACAAAGUCGUACAAGGACGCCAAUUACUACGAUCAAGAAGAGUUCGAAUUCUCCAAUUUCUUCCCUCUCAGUCGCAAGGAUCGCACAAAUUUGAAAAAUGCAAAGAAUCGGAUGAACGAAUUCAGUCGGAACAUCCACAAAUUAAAUUUGUCUCGAUUUAUGAUGUUUGAGGACGACAAUCUCCCGCAAUUCACGUCGUUUUACCGCAGAGAUGCUUCCAACUCUGUCGACAGAGUUUUCGACCAUUUCUUUAACCCCCAAACUAAACCGAUCCGAUCUUAACUUACUAACACUUUCGAUAUAAACACUAAUUUUCAAUUAUUUCCGUGUAUUCA